ACAGUGAUAUUUGUGUGCGCCCUCCUCGCCCCCCUGUCUUUGUCUCAUGCCUGCCCAAAGGAGUGCAGCUGCAAUAGCAACACCAAAGUGGUAGAUUGCCGAGGUAGAGGCCUAUACGACAUUCCCCGACGACUGCAUCCGGAAACCCAAGAACUCUAUCUUCAAGAUAACCGUAUCAGGGGGCUGGGAUCAAUGGCUUUCAGGGAAAUUCCUCUUGUCCGUAUUCUCAACCUAUCGAAUAAUUCUAUAACAUCUAUUUCACCCACUGCUCUGCUUGGUCUGAGGACGCUGCAUCACCUCAGCCUGGCCAACAACAGCCUGAGAGAGCUGGACAAGCGGCUGCUUGGAUCCAUCCGCUCUCUCUCACAUCUUGACCUCUCACAUAACAGUCUGUGGGGCUUACCUGGAGCCAUAGGCGGCAGUUUAAGGAACCUCAGCCAUCUGGGGCUUAAAAACAACAGACUGUCCAGACUGGAUCGCUCACUGUUGGAGGCCCUGACCCACCUGGACAGCAUCACACUGCGGGGCAACCCUUGGAGGUGUGACUGCCACCUUAUAGGCCUCAAACUCUGGCUGGAAACCUACCUCUUUAAAGGUGGAGUGGUGGAUGAAGUGCUCUGCACCCAACCAGAAGAAAUGAAGGAAAAAGACCUACAGAAAGUCCCUUAUCAGCUCUUCCAUGCCUGCAUGACGACGAGUUACCAUUACCUUUUUGCCAACAUACACCACCUGGAGUCUGAGAGGCUACUGAGAGGCCACACCCAUGGCAACCAUGCUCAUCCUUCUAGCCACUCUCUCCAUGUCCCCAUGGCGAUGGGGGAGGGUUUUGGAGGUGGUGGAGGAGGAGGAGGAGGAGGAGGAGGAGGAGGGGGUAUGCCAGAAUGUGAAACUAAGCAGAGGCACCGUCCUGUCAACUUGCGCCAUGCUAUUGCCACAGUUAUAAUAACCGGCGUAGUGUGUGGGAUCGUGUUACUUAUGAUGCUGGCUGCCGCAGUAUACGGAUGCGCCUAUGCUGCUAUCAUGGCUAAAUAUCAGCGCGAGUUAAAGAAGACUGAGGAGUUGGCUGCUGUUCAGGGGGCACAUCACGCUACAGCAGACGAGAAAGAACCACUGGAGAAUGCAAUCGCC